UGAACAUUGAGAUUUGUACGUUUUUCUCAAGGUCAGCAUUUCGUGGAAAUUUUGAUCGUACAACAUGACUCUAGGUGUGAACCCGCGGGCUUACCCGCUAGCGGGUCCGGAACUUACAAAUAAAAUAAUCGAGCUAGUUAAACAGGCUAGUUCGUAUAAACAACUGAAGAAGGGUGCCAACGAAGCGACCAAGGCUCUUAACAGAGGAAAAGCAGAGUUUAUUGUGAUGGCUGCUGACAUAGAUCCCUUGGAAAUAGUUUUACACUUGCCUCUUCUUUGCGAAGAUAAGAAUGUCCCGUAUGUGUUCAUCCCUUCACAAAUGGCUUUGGGUCGUGCUUGUGGAGUAUCCAGAUCAGUAGCGGCCGUCGCUGUUACAGAUAGUGAGGGCUCACAACUUAAACCCCUUGUCAUCUCUAUUCAACAGAGCAUUGAAAAACUGCUUAUUUAACUAAUAAAUUUUCCAUUUC